AUGUCAGUCCCCCCAGGAGGUCUAAUUCUCCUCACCGGCGCAAACGGGUAUAUAGCCAGCGUCACCAUCCACCUCUUCCUUGCUCGAGGCUACUCCAUCCGCGGCACAGUUCGCUCCAUCCGUCGCAAUGCCUGGAUGAAGACAUACUUUGGCCCUCGCUUCGAGCUCGUCGAAGUCCCCAAUAUCCAUUCUCCAGGUGUCUUUGAGAAUGGUGAUCUUCUCAGGGGUGUGGAUGGGAUCGUCCAUAUGGCUAUGGAUAUGGAUAUGAAUCCGCAGAACCAGGGGAUUAUUGAGAAUACGAUACAAUCAAAUCUAAGGCUGUUGGAAGCUGCGGCGAGGGAAUCUAGGGUGAAGACUGCGUGCGCACUUCCGACGACCGGGGUGCCGUACAAGAUUGACUCAUCAACAUGGAAUGAAGAAGCUAUCGAACAAACAAGCAAACCCUGGAAUAACGAGGGCAACCCCCGCUGGCACGGAAUCAAGCUCUACGCAGCUUCCAAAGCGCGCGGUGAACAGGAAGCCUUCGCAUGGGCCCGGAAGCAUCAACCCUCCUUUUCGUUCAAUACGGUCGUGCCCAAUGUUAACUUCGGGAUAGCCAUUUCACAUGAAAAUAUGAGUUAUCGCAGUACGGCGGCUGUUCUCGAUGGCGUUGUUAAGGGGUACCCGGCCGCACCAUCCGUGCUGCCGUCGCAGUGGUACGUCGAUGUUGAGGACACGGCGCUUCUACACCUAGCUGCUUUGACACUAGAUGAUGUACACGACGAACGGCUCCUUGCCUUUGCGGGAAAGUAUUCCUGGACCCAGAUUAUGGAGAUUUUGCACAGACGGUAUCCGGGGAAGAUUGGAUUGGGUGCGUUGUCGAAUAAUGCUGAGCCCGAGGUUGUGGAUGCGGGUGAAGUGGACAAUCAGCGAAGUAUUGAGGUGCUGAAAAUGAUGGGGAAGGAAGGAUUUACCACGUUGGAGGAUACGUUGGUGAAGGCCGUGGAUACUAUCCUGGAAAAUCAGGCUAAAAAUGUGCCCAAGACGAGGAUUGAUCUUUACUAUGAGUCGGUUGCUGGGAGAGUUGUUGGGAGUUAG